AUAUGGAAACUGAAUCCACAGAAAUACAAGAAGUCUCCAAGGUAGCAAUGAAAGAAAAGGCGAAAACCCAUGAGGAAAAACAAACCUCUGAGCCCACAAAAGAAAUAGAAACCCCCGAGCCCACAAAAGAAACUGAAACAAGAGAGAAAGACAAUAUUCCCCCAGACAUUAUAGUGCCCAGAGACAAAAUUACUAUUCUAGGCUAUGACUCACAUUCUAGCAAUCCCAAUACUAAUGAUAAGGAACGCCCGCAUACAGAUUUAUUAAGUAACCCUGCAGCCACCAUGAACCAUAUGGUCGAGGAUGACUUUAUCCUG